AUGCCCAGGCCGGGGAAGAGCUCGUACAGCGACCAGAAGCCGCCCUACUCCUACAUCUCCCUGACGGCCAUGGCCAUCCAGCACUCGGCCGAGAAGAUGCUGCCCCUGAGCGACAUCUACAAGUUCAUCAUGGAGCGGUUCCCCUACUACCGGGAGCACACGCAGCGCUGGCAGAACUCCCUCCGCCACAACCUCUCCUUCAACGACUGCUUCAUCAAGAUCCCCCGCCGCCCCGACCAGCCGGGCAAGGGCAGCUUCUGGGCGCUGCACCCGGACUGCGGGGACAUGUUUGAAAACGGCAGCUUCCUCCGCCGCCGCAAGCGCUUCAAGGUCCUGCGCCCCGAGCAUCACCUGCGGCGGCGGCGGGGCGGGCGGCGGGGCGGGCGGCGGCGGCCCCGGCAAGCCUCCGGCGCCCCCCCCGCACAUGGUGCACUACUUCCAUCCGCACCCGCCGCCGCCUUCUCUCCCUACGGCAGCAGCCAGCCCUCGGGCUUCAAGCACCCCUUCGCCAUCGAGAACAUCAUCGGCAGAGAUUACAAGGGUGUGCUGCAGGCCGGCGGGCUGCCGCUGGCCUCGGUGAUGCACCACCUGGGCUACCCGGUGCCCAGCCAGCUCAGCAGCGUGGUGAGCUCCAUGUGGCCGCACGUGGGGGUGAUGGACUCCGUGGCCGGCGUGUCCGUGUCCCCCGACUACGGACCCUUUGGGGUGCCCGUGAAGGCGCUCUGCCACCCGCCGGCACAGACCAUGCCCGCCGUCCCGGUGCCCAUCAAGCCGGCGCCGGCGAUGCCCGCCGCCCCGGCCAUCCCCGCUCUGACGGUCGCCGCCUCGCAGAUCUGCCCCGCCGCUACCCCGGCCGCUGCUUCGCUGCUGGAACAGACCGCGAGCAACACCCCCGAGGGCAAGGGUCCCCUCCACUCCGUCCUGGUGCACUCCUAA